UAUGAAGCAAUCUCCUAUGUUUGGGGGGCAGCAGAACACUCGACUAAGGUCAUUGUUAACAAUGAAAGGGUGAAGGUUCGACAGAAUCUGCACUUAGCAUUACAAAGUCUUCGAUACCAAGAUUCGGCUCGAACUGUUUGGGUAGAUGCGAUCUGUAUUAACCAGAACAACAAUAAAGAGAGAAGCCAUCAAGUUGAUUUGAUGAGGAACAUCUACCAAGGAGCGGAUCAGGUGGUCGUCUGGCUUGGAGCAAGCGCAGAGUAA